UCUAUUCCUACCACAGUGGGAAAUUUAACUCUUGCCCCUUGUAACCUUUUGAAGGUCUAAAAAUAUGGAAGCCUCUAAAUUUUUGCUUAUUGCACUGGUGCUUACAAUAUGUGCAGUUAUCUUUCAACUGAUUGGAUUAGCGUCGCCUUAUUGGAUGUUAAUUGAGACAACGACAUUCAAAAGUAAUUCCGGCUUGUGGAAGUCAUGUACUGAAAUUGUUUUGACUGGAGACACCACGUGCAGCGAUGUGACUAUACCAGAUGGUUAUACAGACGAUAUCAACGCAGCCCGAGCAAUGGGCAUCCUUGGGUUGCUGGUAUUGGUGGCAGCAGCAAUCAUGACGGUGUUAAAACUGUUCGUUCUAAAAGACAUGAAACCGAUUUUAUUCGGGGCAAUUGGUUCAGCUUUAGCUGGAGCGGUGUUUAUCCUUAUUUCAAUAGCAAUAUAUGCAGCCCGAGCGAAGGACUUGUCACCGUUCGACUUCGAUUACCACUUUGCUUUCGCCUUUAGCAUUAUAGGAAUGAUAGCAGCGAUAGGUGCAGGGGCCGUCAUGUUGGUUGAGAUCAUUAAAGGAUAACUAAAUUGCAAACUACUUUUGUAUGAAAUAUUUUGAAAAUAAAAAAAAAGAAUUAGACAUACUAGCAUACAA